AUGGAAAGUGACACUUGUUGGGUAAGUUAUUUUACAUUUUUUAAUUUAAAAAUUUUUGAAGAUUAUUGAAAAAGCAACUUGUCACAUUUUUAUAUUAUCAUUGAUCAAUAUUUAUGUGUUCAGAGGCGAUUUCCACUAAAAAGACUAGCCCAGAUUGGAAUGAUUGUGUCAGUAAUUUUACUACUCUUCUACCUAACUUCAUCUUCAUCUACUGUCAAUGAAUUGUCGGAUGUCGAAGCUUACAAAGGCCCCAAAUUGAGGUUUAUGAGUUUCAAUUUGUGGUUUACUGGUCAUAUGGUGUCAAAUGGAUUAGAGAAAGUGGCAAAACAUAUAAAGAGGGUUGAUCCUGAUAUUGUAGUUCUUCAGGUGGAUUUUUACUUUUUAAAUAUUAAAAUAUAAACUUGGAUAUUUGGUGAAAGUCAAUGUAAUAUUAGACAUAACGUAGGCGGAAACUCGUCUUAAACCGAGCUUCGAAGAAAAAAGUGUGAAAAACCUAGGUAAUACGAGACUGAAUAAGCGGAUUACAAUCCAAACAAUGAUGAUGAAUAUUGUCUUUGUUAUUUAUGAUUAUCCCCUUUAAAUGGAAAUUAUAUUUUCUUAUUAAAAUAGGCUUUUCUUUAUGAGAAACACAUAGAAAACAAAUAAAAUGUUAUUGGCCGUAGAUAGACAAAAAUUUAAUUGAACGUAAAAUGUCUUUAAUAAAAACUAAUUUUACAGGAAAUUCAAACAGUAUACGAAUUGGACGAGUUAAUGGACCUAUUGGGACCUGGAUGGUACGGUUCGUUUAGAGGAUGGUCUAGAUACGCUGAUGAUGCUAUUGUCUCCAAACAUCCGGUAUGGUCUAUGAAACCUUUUUUUCAUGGCGUAUGGGGUAGGUAGGGUGGGGUAUGUUAGGAUGGAUUAAAUGGUAAAGUAACUUUUCAGUUCAAUUUCACGAAUUCCUUCCAAUUACAAGCUGGAUUUGGAAUAGAGAUCACUCCGGCUAACAUAAGUAAGAUCAGAGUUGUGGGCUUGCACUUGGAUUGGCACAGUAUGGGUAAUUAUGCGACCAGUAACAAAUUGGUAACUAAAAUGGAACAAAUCAUGGCUGGAGAAUCAACCCCACCUAUUUUUAGUAGGUUUAACUUACUUUAAGGUAGGAUAAAUAAGAGUAAGUAACGCUAACGUAUAGCAAAGUUGAGAAAACUAGGGUAGUGAGUAGGCUAUGAUACGGUAGAGUAGGGUAAGGUUAGGGCAAAAUAAGGUAACGUAGGAUACGGUUGAAUGGAAUUGUGAUGCUGACUUAAUUUGACUUUUCAGACCGUGUAGACCAGAUCAAAGAGCUUUUAGCUCACGAAACCUUCAAAAAAUGGGACGCUGAAAGUGAAACCGUACCAAUAUUUGUCGCUGGUGAUUUCAAUUCGGCUUCUCAUUUGGAUUGGAUGGAAAAUCGAAAGUGAGUAAUAAAGUUUUGUAUAGUUUUAGAUUUUUUAUCAUUUAUGGCCAAAAGUAAUGACUAUAUUAUAGAGAAGAACAUGGUGGAUGGGUGGUAGAAUGGCCUACGACCAAGAUGUUAAUGAAUGCUGGCUUUUUGGAUUCAUACAGAGAAAAACACCCUGAUCCAAUUAAGAAACCAGGUAAAUGACAUUUGUGUUAAUAUUAUUUAAUAAUGAGCUUACUAUAGAAAAGCUAUGGUAAGGGUGUACCUAAGUAAAAUAAAGUGUACCUAAGUAAAAUGGAGUGCACCUAAGUAAAAUAGAGUGAACCUAGGUGAAAAGUAAUAUAACCGAAGAAUAACUUACCUAGCGUUUUUGUUAAAAACACUAAAAUAAACUGAGUUGAAUCGAAUACCAUCACAUUGGGCGUAACCGAAGAAUGAGCUAUUAGACGGUCUUCUAUCAUGUUGUUGAUCAGUCCAUCGCAUACGUGCAAAGAUUGACGCCGGACGAUGGUAACCAUAACAUCAUGGUGCCCGUUUGCCAAAAUAAUAAAUUAAGACCCACCCGCCAAGUAUAAAAAUCAAAUAAUGAAAACGCUUUUGCUUUCGACCAUUCUUAAAAAUUUGCAUAACCGGGUAGUGUAUUAUAUUCCCUCACAGAGUAGUGUAUUAUAUUCCCCAAGGAUGUGUAUUUCUUUACAUUAGCAUCAAGUUUUGUUUAUAAAAUUUUAAUUGUCUGUUUAAUUAUUUUUGUUUUUAGGGCAUUCCUGGUCGAUAAUCCAAAAGAACGAGUUUGAAUGGAACUUCACCAUCCCAGAGCCUCAAGAUCGAAUUGACUUUAUCUUCUUCAAGUCCAACUAUGUGGCGGUGAAAGAUUCUUAUCUAUAUGGUGGAGAUGAACCUCAGAAGAUCUGGCCUAAUUAUCAGGAAAACGAUUACCCAAGUGAUCAUUAUGCCAUGGUAACUGACUUUGUCUUCAAAAGCUGA